AUGAGAUAUCGAUCGAAUCCAACUUUACCUUCUAUAGCGCAUAAUUCAAGACGUGAUGAAGUGACGAUUUUUCAAGUAGCUAAUAAUGGUUCUACUUGGAUUGUGUUUAAAGGUUUUCUUAAGAUGGAUGAUUCCUUCACCUUUAAAUCCCAACGCUCAGUUGAUGAUCGUUUUCAUUUGAAACUUGAAAUUAAUGGUUCUCUUGAUACAACGAUUUCAGCGUGUUGUGAAAGUCUGUAUCGUGACGGUGGCCGAAUUGACGACGGCGACAGUUCAUUUUGGAUAGAAACUGUUGAACAAUACACAUCAUGUGCGAAAUGUCGUGAUAGCAUCGAUUUGUCACAAUCACCUGAUGAUGAAACGGGAAUUCCCACUAAGAGUGCAACCAGUGAAGAAAGUGAAGCAGACGAUGAUCAGUCUGUUGCAUCUGAAAAGUCGACUGAAAAGACUAAACCGUCCGAAGUGAUACAUGCAUUACCAUCAGAGUUGAUCCCCCAUCAUCAUCCACAGGUAGUUCGUAAUGAUAAUAACGAUAGUCGAGGACUUCUCCUUAUAGACACGAAAAAAGUUCCUGAAAAGUCUGUCUCAACUCCCAAAAUUCAAUCACUUCCGCUUCCACCAGCUGUUUCGCAUCAACCUCAAGCUGCAGCUGGUCCUCCUUCUCUGCCACCAUCGCUAUCGACUGUUCAUAAAACCACUACCCAAAAAGCUUUAUCAAAACCUAAACUUAGCCAAACAAUUCCACCUCGACACGUUGGCAAUGUUGAGAAUUUUACCAUUCUAUACAUCGAUCAAGAUAAAGAGAAAGAUCUAAGUCUUCUUCGUUCUACAGUAAAUUUUAUACGUAUAAUGAAUGAUUCAAACACAUUAGCAACAUUGCUAUCAGCAUGUGCAGAAGAAAAGUUCAUUGUUGUGAUGUCUCUUAAUCAAGCCGAAGCAGUUCUUCCCGUGCUUCAAGAGCAUAAAUCUAUUCAAUCAAUUUAUUUCCUAUCGAAACAGACACAGCCACCUGAAUCGAUCAAUAAUUAUGAGAAAGUCAUUGAAAUUUAUCAAAAUAUUGAAUCAAUUUGUGAUCAUUUAAUCAAAACCUUAUGUCAUUUUUCUUCUCGAGUAAUCUCAAUGGAAAUCACAUCGAAAGAUAGUACAGGUGAUCUGCCAUUUACUUACUGUCAACUAUUAAAAGAAACGAUUCUUUGUCAAGAUGAUGAAAGUGAUUUAAGAAAAGAUAUGCUGACAUUUUGUCGCAUUCACUAUGCCCAUAAUCAAGAUGAAGUCCAUGAGAUAGAUGAAUUUGAAAAAUCCUUUAUCGACACAUAUAGUAUUCAAUGGUAUACACGCCAUUGCUUCUUGGCUAAAAUUUUAUCACGUGCAUUUCGUACACAAGAAAUUGAUCUUUUAUUUAAAAUGCGUUAUUUUAUUCAAUGUCUUCAUAAACAAAUCCAAUCAAUUGCUAUCAAAGAACCGACCACUGUUUAUACUAUUUUAGAUAUCGAACAAGAAACCAUUCGAAAAUUUCAAGAAAAUGUUAAUGGAUUAGUUUUAUUUCGUUCAUUUCUUCCCGCAACAUUCGAACGACCAACAUUAAUGGAGUAUCAAAGUAAAGACACACAACGAUAUCUUGUUUUUUCAAUUCGACUUGAAUCCGACUGUGCAGCUAAUAUUGAACAGUUGCGUUGCUCUAAUUGCAAAAUCGACGUUUUGAUCAAUAUCGAUACUGUUUUUCGUGUAGUUUCCAUGGAUGAAAGCGAGAAUGAAGUUCAUACAGUAAACUUAGAGUCUGUUCCACGUGAUGAUUCUCAUUUUCAACAACUAACUGAAUUUUUAAGAAAAAAAAUGAAAGCACCAGUGGUCAUUCUGCAAUUAACAAAACUUCUUCUAGAGACUGAUCAUUAUUGGGAAGUUGAUUAUCUUACUGAAUCAAUUUACCAAGAUAAAUCUUUUGAAAGAGAUGGAACAUUAUUGACAAGUUUAGCGGCUGCACAUCAUCUUUUAGGCAAUGUCGAUGAAGCUAGAAGAAAUUUUGAAGCAGCACGUUAUCAGUUCUUUAAAUCGUUACGUGCAUUUCAAUUAUUUUUACCUUAUAAUCAUUUAGUGUUAUCAUCUAGUUAUAACAAUAUUGGUAGUAUGUUCUAUCAAGAUGAUCAUCAUGAAUCUGCAAUUAAAUUUUAUGAGAUGGCUCUUGAAUGUCAAUUAAAAGCAUCAAGUCCUGACAUAGAUGCUGUAGCGACAUAUUCGGCAAAUAUUGGUGCAGUUUAUAUAGAACAAAAGAAUUAUACUGAAGCAACAAAACAUCUAAAACGAGCAGCGAUUAUUCUAGAGAAAAUGUCGAUGAAAGACAAUACAAAACGUUUGAUUUCGAUUUUUCAGAAAAUUUCCACCUGCUUUUGGCGCACAAAGGAAGUCAAGGAAGCAUUGGAGUACUAUAAAAAAACAUUGGAUCUUCAGCUUAAAUUGCCAAAUCCAUUACCACAUCCAUUGUCUGUCACUUAUUAUAAUCUUUCAACUGCUUAUGAACGUAUCGGUGACUACGAUGAAGCUGUGGCAUGUGCAGAAAAAUCAGUCGAAUAUUUAAGAAUGAUCUCAGAGAAUCAUCCAGAAUUAAAAGAAAAUCAAGCUCAAUUAGAGAUUAUUCGUCAAAAACAAUGGCUCAAGCAAGUUUUAUCGGCAUAG